UUGAAGACCCUGGGAUAAGCAUUUUCACGUUGUAGGGAACAGUCAUACUUACAAACAGCAUUCUGAAGAUACACCACGGAGCCACAAGACCUUUAUUAAUUCCCGGUACAUUCCUGUUGAGACUCCUGCAAAACUAUCCAUUCAUAGCUUGCAGGCGUUUUUGCUCCUUAGGGUGCUUAGGAAUUCUCUGGCUUAUGUUUUGCAGCAAGAUAUUGAGUCCUCAUUUGAGAAUGAAACAUAUUUUUAUUUAGAGCUUUUGGACACUUCUUCAACCGCUUUCUACGCACGCGUACAGUUCAAAUAUUUACUUUGCGUAUCGUUCCAUUCAUCGAGCCCAGGCUCGUGCUGUGAUGCUGUUGGAGGGAGGUCACCAGCACUCAGGCACAGGGGUCAGUGCGAGCGCGUUCCAAAGGCACCACUCAGUGCAUUCACCAGCCGAGAUGCAGGAGAGAGACCCCAGCUUUAUGGAGUCGGUCCACAUCGCCACCCAGGGACCCGGGUAUGGCCCAUCCUACGCCAACUCCACACGGGACUUUAUCAUGCGCAACCGGGGAUUCGGAGACUCUUCCCCUGCCAGCGAUCAGCACUCUCUCCUCAGGACUAUGGCUGGGUCCCUCCAUCACUCACACGUCGAGGGCCAGGGGCAUGGACACCUCCUCUUUCCCGGGAUGCACGACCAGCACCACGGCUCUGCUAACGUGCUGGGCGGCCGGCUGGGACUACCAGGGGAGGUGUUCGGUAGAGCGGACCAGUAUCACCAUGUUUCCGGCCCAAGGAGCGACCCUUACGGCCAAUAUGGGGCCAUGGGUCUCAACAUGGGCAUGGCAGCUCACCACCAUCAUCACCCAGCCGCGUUCUUCCGCUUCAUGCGGCAGCAGUGCAUCAAACAAGAGUUGAUCUGCAAGUGGAUAGACCCGGACCAGCCCGGAGGGGCGAGCCGGUGCUGUGGCAAGACCUACGGCACCAUGCACGAGCUGGUUACGCACGUCUCCGUGGAGCACGUCGGUGGGCCCGAGCAGAGUAGCCACACCUGCUUCUGGGAAGAGUGCCCGCGCGAGAACAAAUCGUUCAAGGCCAAAUACAAGCUGGUGAAUCAUAUUCGGGUGCACACUGGAGAGAAGCCUUUCCCGUGCCCGUUCCCCGGAUGCAGCAAGGUCUUUGCGCGCUCGGAGAACUUGAAGAUACACAAGAGGACGCACACAGGGGAGAAACCGUUCAUGUGUGAUUUCUUCGGCUGCGACAGACGCUUCGCAAACAGCAGUGACCGCAAAAAACACCUGCACGUUCACACGUCUGACAAGCCCUAUCUGUGCAAGAUGUGUGACAAGUCCUACACACACCCCAGCUCUCUGAGAAAACAUAUGAAGGUGCAUGAUUCUCUGUCAGUAGCAGACACGUCGCCCCGAGCCAGCAGCGGGUAUGAGUCCUCGACGCCCCCGGGUUUAGUGUCCCCUGCCUCGGAGACCCAGAGCAACAUGUCCCCGGACUCUGCGGUCCUCAGUAGCGGACACAGCAACCUCUCGUCCAACUUCAGUGAGUGGUAUGUCUGAGGAGGACCACACUCAAGAGUAACGGGAAAACGACCGCAAAAAAAUGAAGCAAAACGACAAUGAGCAUCUGACUGGCCUAAAUGGACGCUUUACGCGCGAUUGAAAUAUGACUCAAGAACGUUGCACUAAAACAUUGGAAGCCAAAGAAGAAAAUGUCUGAUGUCAAAAAACGUUAUUUCUUUCGUUGGUUGUUGAAUUAUCAGUAUUAUGAUUCUCAUAUCAGUCUUUCGCUGUCAUUUUGGGGGCGGUUAUUUUUGUAGUUGAUUGGGAGUUUGUGAUUUGACCAUGAAAUAUUUUAAAGUAUUUUAAAUAAGUGCCAAAGUUAACCUCAGUUUAAUUGUGCACAAUUAUUUUAUUGGAAACAAGUUUUUGUUGAAGUUAACGGGAUUUGGGGGGUAUGACUUGAAAAGGUUGAAUAUUCGUUGUCCUCCAUGAACGACCUCUUGAGAUGCCUAUAGUUGAGACAUAAUUUAUAUAAAAAGAAAACUGCUGUGUUACUUUGCUGUAAUUCUGUUUCCAAACGUGUUAAUAAAAUGAAUCUGAUUU